AAUGUUUUCUGUCUUAGUCACAAUUUUCCAUCUUUUGACUGCUCUACUUUCUAUAAUCUAUGUUAACAAAGGGUUAAAGAGAUUCAAUUCUUUUUUAUAUAAGAAUGCAGAUAUUCCUGAAAAAUAUACGCCAUUUAGAAGGACAGAUAGAGAUAAUUGGAAUAGAUAUGAAAUGUACAUCUGCAGUAUCAUUUUAUUUCCAUUCAGAUUAUUAUUGAGCUUUGCAAUAUUAAUAUUUUUCAUCAUGACUAUGUUUGUAGCUACUUUUGGUAAGAAAAUUUGAAAUUUUAUAUUUAGGUUUUAAACUAAAAAAUCCUUGGCCAGAAUCUAGAUUGAAAGCAUUUAAACCAUUACUAUAAACACUUGCAAAGGCAUAUCUUUAUGCUAAUGGAUUUAUUUUCAUUAAAGAAAAGACUUUAAGGUAAAAAGUAUUAAUAAUUAUUUAAUAUAGAUUUGAAGAUUUUAUUCCUGAUUACAAGAGAACAGAAUUAAGUAAAGGAUAACCUUCAAUAAUAAUUUCAAAUCAUUCUAGUUGGUAUGAUACAAUUACUUAUGUUUACAAAUAUUUACCUUCAUUUAUGUCAAAAGUAACAGUAAGUAAAUAUCCAUUAUUUGGAUGGAUAACAACAUCAUUAAAAUCUAUUUAUGUAGAUAGAGAAAGUGAAGAGAGUAGACAUAAAUGUGUUACAGAUCUAGCAGAAAGAGUGACAUAGAUUAAUUAAGGAUAAUUAUUUCCACCUGUAAUAAUAUUUCCAGAAGGUACAACUACUAAUGGAGAAUGCUUAAUUCCAUUUAAAAGAGGAGCAUUUGAUCCAUUAUUACCUGUAAAAAUCUGUUGUCUAAAAUAUUCAAAAAGAAGAUUUCAUCCAGUUAUGGAUGUUAUAGGCAUAGGUUAUAUGACAUUAUUUGCUUUAAAUUAAUUGGCUAAUGAAGUGGAAAUUAUUGAAUUUGAAGGACUAUUUGAUCCUACUUAUCUUAAUUUGUAAAAAUAUCCAUAAGAAAAAAGAGUAUGAUUAAUAAUUUAUUAUAAUUUAGUGGGAAGUAUAUGCAGAUGCAUGUAGAGAUGUAAUGGCUAAAGCUUUAGGGAUUAAUUUAAUUGAAGCCACUUAUAGAGAUGGAAUGGAAUAUUAAAAAAAAUAUGUCACAGGUAAAUUAAAAUAAGAGUGAA